CCCACCUUCCCAGUCUGAAAGGGACCAGCCCCUCUCCCCUCCCCUCCUUCUCCGACCAGCGUUAAACGUUACAGGAGGUGCUGAAGUCUCGGUUUAAUCUCAGAAAGUGAUCCAAAAUGACAAUGAAACUGGCUUACUGGGACAUUCGUGGGCUCGCCCAGCCAGCCCGCCUGCUGCUGGAGUACACCGGCACCAAGUAUGAGAACAACUUCUACGUCUGUGGCGAAGCUCCAGACUAUGACAAGAGCUGCUGGUUUGAUGAAAAACACAAACUUGGAAUGGACUUUGCCAAUCUGCCCUACUUGGAGGAUGGAGAAAGGAAGAUAGUGCAGAGCAAUGCCAUCAUGAGAUACAUUGCUCGUAAGCACAAUAUGUGCGGAGAGACAGAGGAUGAGAAGGUCCGUGUGGACAUCCUGGAGAACCAGUCCAUGGACUUCAGAAAUGGCUUCGUGAGGCUGUGCUACUCAGACUUUGACAAGUUGAAGCCAGGGUACCUUGAAGCUCUGCCAGCCAUACUGAAGCAGUUCUCAAAUUUCUUGGGAGACAGGAAGUGGUUUGCUGGUGACAAGAUCACCUUCGUGGACUUCAUUAUGUACGAGCUGUUGGAUCAACACAGGAUGUUUCAUCCUACGUGCUUGGAUGACUUCAAGAACAUCAGAGAUUUUUUGGACCGAUUUGAGGCUCUGGAGAAGAUCGCUGCCUACAUGAAGUCAGACAGAUUCAUGAAGACUCCUGUCAACAACAAGAUGGCCAAGUGGGGAAACAAGAAGGAGUAAAGGAAAUAAUGAAGAGUGUUCACAAGUGCAACUGAUUCAAUAACUCGUAGCUCAUUCAGGACUAGAGAAAAGCUUCCCUGUACUCUGGCUUUUUAUAACCUGGUAACUAUUUGUUUGUGUAGGUUUCAUGUCCUUUAAUCAGAUGCUAAUCUGUCUCAAAUAUGUACAUGCCAGGUCGAUACCCAUUUUUUAGUUGAAUUGUAUAAAAAGAAAUUCAAGUUUGUACUGAUAUUAUGAAGAUAAGGAAAAAGAUAAGUUAAAGCACUUAAUUUCUUUGUUACAUCUGAAACAGAUUUUGUUUUUUGACCAAUUAAAGUAAUUCUUAUACUGA